AUGGAGUUUCUUGGUCGGAUUAUCGGUAAAGCUCUUUAUGACGGUGUUUUGCUAGAUUCUGCAUUUGCUACAUUUUUCCUUGCCAAAUGGCUUGGAAAGCGAAGCUACUUGGAUGAUUUGCCCAGCCUUGAUACGGAGUUUUACAAUGGCUUGCUAUUUUUGAAAAAGUAUACAGGCGAUGUUGAAAAGGAUCUGGCACUCAAUUUUACUGUUUCUGAAAACGAGUUUGGUGUUCCUAAAAUUGUGGAACUGAUUCCCAACGGUGCCAACAUUUCUGUGACCAAGGAAAAUCGAAUUCGGUAUAUUUAUCUUGUUGCCAACUAUCGGUUGAAUACCAAGAUAGCCAAACAGUGCCAGGCAUUUUUCCAUGGUUUGAGUGAUUUAAUUCAUCCGAGCUGGUUAAAACUAUUUGACGAGCAAGAACUACAGGUGUUGCUUGGUGGAAGUGCCGUUCCGAUCGAUCUUGACGAUUUAAGACAAAACACAGUAUACAGCGGAGUGUAUGAUGACAAGCAUCCUACCAUUGUUAUGUUUUGGGAAGUACUGCAAGACUUUGACGAGGAUCAACGCCGAAAGCUUGUCAAAUAUGUUACAAGUUGUUCUCGUCCACCGAUUCUUGGAUUCUGCGAACUUUAUCCACUGUUUUCUAUCCGAGACUCCAGCACGGACCAAGCACGAUUGCCUACUGCCUCAACAUGUGUGAAUCUCCUCAAGUUACCAAGAUAUGAAUCAAAAGAUAUAUUGCGACAAAAACUAAUCUAUGCGAUUGAUUCAGAUGCAGGAUUCGAGUUAUCGUAAUAAAAGUGUUAUGCAUGGCGAAUAAAUGUAUG